AUGUCGCACCUUCAAUACUACGCAUACCCCGGCAAGGGCGAAUCGGCGAAGAAGAACUUCAAGUACAGCCAAGCCGUGCGUGUCGGUGAUCGCAUUGAGUGUGCAGGCCAAGGUGGAUGGGAUCCCCAGACCAAAAUCAUACCCGAAGACAUCAACGCACAGAUCGACCAAGCUUUCGAGAACGUAGAGCUCGCUCUGAAGAAUGCCGGUGGAAAGGGAUGGUCGCAAGUGUUUCGUGUAAACUCUUACCACAUUCCCAUGGAUGAUGAGGCAUUGGGAGCUAUGGUGCGAAACUUCAAGAAAUGGGUGCCUGAUCAUGAGCCUGUCUGGACGUGUGUUGGUGUGGUCAAACUGGGCGAGGAUGCUAUGAGGGUGGAGAUUGAGGUAUCAGCGCAUGAUCCUAAAUAA